AUGCUUCGCCGGCUCAACCUCCGUGUGACAUCCUGCAUCGCUCUGAAGCAUGAGGCAGCGAUCGUGCCGAGUCUCAUGACUGGAACGCAGUUGUUCCAUAAAGGGCAACUUCAGUUAUGUACAGAGGUGAAGGAAACGACAUCAUUUUGCCAGCAACAGAGAUGCUUUCACACACAACCCGUAUGUCACAUGCGCGUUGCGGGGAGCAUUAAACCGCAAACUUCCCCAAUGAAUUUUGACGGAAGCAGCAGCGGCAGCGGAAAUACCGCUGACAGCCUUACACCAUAUGUUCGAGAACAUCUCUUCAAGGUGUACGGUCUCUUGGCAGCUGGAUGCGUAGCGGCAGGAUUUGGUUCGGUCCUUAUGUUCGCCACACCGCUCUGCAAGACGGUGCCCUUUUGGCUUCCCAUGGCUGCUGGUUUUGUGCCUUUGCUGUGGCUCAGCUUUGCACCACCACAAAAUCCCAAUUUGAAAAUGGGCCUUUUCUUCGCCUUUACAGUACUAGAGGGAAUGGCUCUCGCUCCUUUGAUUGCUUCUUCCAUGGCUAAGGGAGUACUGGGUACAGCAAUUGUUUUGACAGGAGCUGUCUUUUGUGGCUUCAGCGCAGGUGCAUAUUUGGCACCUCGCGCUUCACUGCUUGCACUGCAGGGGCCGCUGUUUGGGAUGCUUCUCGGAAUGGUGGCGAUAUCGGUCCUGAAUCUCUUCUACCCUACGGCAUUUGUACACUCGAUUAUUUUAUACGGUGGAUUGGCCCUAUUCUCAGUGAUGGUGUCCGUGGAUACUCAGGCAAUGAUCGAGCGGGCACGCUGUGGUGCAGGGGACGUUGUUCAGGACGCUUUACAGAUGUUCAUGAAUGUUGUCAACAUCUUUGUUCGUAUUGCACAGAUUCUGGGUUCUGGUGACCGUUAA